CAAAUGGGGCAACACGACGCAGGCCGUGUUUUACAUUCAUCAGUCGGCGCGCGGCCCGCUGUAGUGUUCACGUAGUGAUGGUGUAGUGUAGUGUGUGUGAUGGUGAACGUGCCGUGCCCCAACACCGCCCUGGCCAGCACCCUGGCACUCGCCGCCAUGGCCCGGCCGGGGCCCAUGGGCGCCCUGGGCCUCCACGGGGAGCCGGGCCGCAACCGGCCGGGGCCCGCCGCGCCCCUCAAGUCAUCCUUCAGCAUCAGCUCGAUCCUGCCCGAGACCGCGAGAGUGUCGCCCGACCCGGCGGAGCGCACCGAGUCCGCCGACGAACCGCACCUGGACGAGGAUGCUCCGUUGGAUUGCAGCGCCCGGGCCGCGGCCCCCGAGGACGAGGAGGACGAUGUCGAUGACGAAGACGAGGAUAUUAAUGUCGACGAGGACAAGCCCGGGGAGAACGGCGAGGAGGCCAGUGAAGCCACGGAGAAAGACGACAAGAAGGACGCUGAGAAGAAGAAGCACGAGAAGCCGUCGUACUCGUACAACGCCAUGAUCAUGAUGGCCAUCCGGGAUUCGCGUGACAAGCGCCUUACUCUCAACGGCAUCUACGAGUACAUCAUGACCAACUUCCCGUACUAUCGUGACAACAAGCAAGGCUGGCAGAACUCCAUCCGCCACAACCUGUCGCUCAACAAGUGCUUCGUCAAGGUGCCCCGCCACUACGACGACCCCGGCAAGGGCAACUACUGGAUGCUGGACCCCAGCGCGGAGGACGUCUUCAUCGGGCAGUCGACGGGGAAGCUGCGGAGGAGGUCGACGGCCACGCGGAACCGCUUGACCGCGUUCGGCCGGUCCCUCGGGGGUCUCUAUCAGGGCAUGGCCGGGGUGCCGCCCGGCUACGCACCGUGGGCGCCGCUGUACUCCAUGUACCCCCGCUACGCCCUCAUGCCGCACGGCCCGCCCCCGCAUGGUCCGCCGCCUGCGCCGCCCCCAAAGGUGACGCCUGCGCGGCCCACCCCCAUCGCACCCACCGCCCCCCACGGAUUCUCCAUCGCGCGCCUGCUGGCCGGCGUGCCGCCGCCCGCCGCCCCUGGGCAGUGCGCCCCGGGGGUGCCGCCCCUUCUGCUGCCUGGCCUCGGACACGGGCCGCCCCCCGGCGCGCCCAGUGACUCGGCCAUCAGCCUGUGGAACAGCGCCCUUCAGCUGCUGCAGCAUCAGCACCAGCUGCACCAGCUGCAACAGCAGCCCCACUUCCACCACCACCAGCAGCACCACCCCCACAUGCUGCCGGCGCGCCCGCCCUCCUCCAACUGCUCCAGCAGUCCGGAGCUGCGGGAGCUGGGCCGGCCUUCGCCACCCCCUAGUGGCGGCUCCGCCCUGGCCAACGCCCCCUCCCCUGCGCUCGGCCCCGCCUUCAAGCCCGUGGGCCUGCGGCCUGCGCCGAGGUAGUGUACGCCUGGUGCACCCCGGGGAGUGACGUGUGAAGUAAAGUGAUAUGUGUAAAGGGGUAGGUUUGAAUUCAUAUCAAGGGUAUGAUAUCACUAGUUAUAAUAAUAUUUGACCAAGAUGCAAAGUGCCUGUUGUGGAUAAUAUUGAGCUUGUAGCGACUUUCAAUGUUUAUAAUUAGAAACUGUGAGCACGCCCCUAGAAUUAUGUCCCAGGCUGGAUAUCUGUGAUACCAUUUUUCUAUUUUAAAUAUUUGUACGUUUGUAGUUAACAAAGAGAUGUACACCCACGUUGUUUUCAUAUUUGACUUUUGAAGAAUUGUGUAAGACAUAUUGUUCGUUUGUGCAAGUUCGGAAAUAUGUUUUUGAAACUUGAAUGCGCAACUUAAUUUUGCAAGUCGACGACGCACUUUUAUCUCCACCAAAUAUUUUAAUUGAUAUUUUAAUUUUCAGACGUCAAAUUUUGGGUGAUUGCUCUUUAUUGUUUUGUUAUUGAUAUAUUGUUCAUAACUGCUUACUAUUGUGUUAAAAAGACCAAAGAUUUAAAUUAUUAUCAUUUUUAUUAUACAUUUAUUGAGCAUUGUGUAUUGAGAUAUGUUGUGAUUGAAUAAAAAUAGAUCACCUAUUUCUGUAAAAAGUGUGCAUAUAUUUCCUUUAGAACUCUGAAUAUAUCUGAACAAUAAUUGAUUAACCUAUUA